AUGCACAUCACACCCAGACCCGGAACAACAAUCUGUGGAUCACACAAAGUUGUUCUGUGCGGGAAUCGAACCCGCGAAACGUUGCGUGGUAGCCAGUUGCCCAGCCACCGCGCCAACCGUGCAGUCACACGUGAACGACUCGGUUGUCCAGGCAAUUUUCGGUCAAAUCGAUUCCGAAGCUAUCAGAUCUGUAUGAAACAUUGUCGGAUCCUAAUCGAAAAGUACUUGGACUUGGUCCAAUUGGAAAAUGUCAAGAAUGCCACUAGACCUAAUGAUGAAGCAGAGAAUAGCGAUGAAGAGGAUCAGAAAAAUGACAAUCCUGAUGCUGAUGAUAGGAACCUGAGAGAAGGCUUGGCUAUCACCUUAUACAGCAUUUAUUUUGUUCCAGAAUACUUCGAAACACAAGUAGGAUCGUUUAAUGAUAAAACUGAGAAUUAUGAGGACGUGGAGGAAGGUGACUACCAUACAGCUCAGCAGGACCCUAGAUAUGUAGUGUAUAAAGACAUAAACGUCAAUGAGGAGAUCAUGCCACCGGAUGUGGACUAUAUUGCCGGGGAAAUAAGGUCGGGAUUUGAUUUGCAACAUUGGUGA